AUGGCCAAAUAUCCCAAGUUUCGAAUUUCUCUUUCUUCCUUCCGAUUAUGUCGCUCCACAAAACCUUCUUCUUCGCCUAUAACUCCAUUGCCUAAAACUCUCUUUCCUGUAAAUUCCAAGGCAUUUGAUAUUGCUUAUCCCAUCAUCAUCCCAAAUCCUCCACCUUCCACACCAAAUCAAGACCUCAAUGUUGUGGGAUCAAAGAUCAUGCCACUUGAUUUUGUGUGUCAAUCAAGAUCAUGCACAGUUUGCGUGGCACCUGAUCAUCACUACAAGAAAGAUGGGCCUCAUCGGAAUUCAGAUGAUUCUGAUGGAAUCACUGCAUUGCCUAUUGCACCUCCACCAGCUCGAAAGAAGAAGAAAACCCGAAAAAUGAGAUCAAAACCUAGUUUUACGGAAGGCAUUGAUUCUUCUUAUGAUUCCAAUGGUCCAUUAGAGAAGACAGGUGUGGAGUCCCUCAAUGGAAAUAGGAAAAAGGAACCGAAGAAUGUGAAGAUCCGGGGAUCGAAAAAUGGCUGGAAAACCACGACCGUCGAGACAAAUCCGGUGAGGAUGAUGCCAUGCAUGAUCAAUGGAAAGGUGAGUGAGAGCUUUGCUGUUUUGAAGAAAUCUUUGAACCCUUAUAAGGAUUUCAAGAAAUCAAUGUUAGAAAUGAUAAUGGGGAAUGAGAUGUUUGAGGCCAUGGAACUGGAGCAGCUUUUGCAGUGCUUUCUCUCUCUAAAUUCACAGCAGCAUCAUACAGUAAUUGUUAAGGCAUUUACAGAGAUUUGGGACGACUUCUUCACUGAGUCUUCAAACUACUCUUUGAAAAAAAUGUAA